CUCGGAUAUAAAUAACGGUCGCGUUGGUCGGCCUUGGAUGUUCCUAGCAUGUUACCAAGCCAAUAGCAGGAGUAUCCCAGCUAGCUCGAUCAGGCUGGGGUUGCAGAUAGAACUACCAGCAACCCGAUCUCACAGCAUGCCGUAGAAAAAGGGGGUCUUUUUUUGAAGUCGUUCUGCGUAUUCGGGCUCUCGAAUUAGCACUGUGUCCAAGAUAUCCUUGUGGAGUUUUUUGUUCCCGGUCCACGGGAGUUGUUUGGAUUAUGGUCGAUACGAAGGAACCCUACACAGGUUAAUCAAACUCCCUUGUUGACUAUGCUUGUAAAUGUCUAUAAGCUCCCCUGCCUGCGAAGCUAAGAAGCGACGAUGAUGAUAUAUACCGAGGACGAACCCUCGGAAGUCUUCACACUGCGUUGCUUACGGAAGGUAGAUAGACUUCCCUCUGCCUUUCUGAUGAUGCGUCUGGGUCAAUGAUAUCCAGAUGGAGACGAGAUUGUUCAGUCGCAAAGUGUCGCUAGGAUGGGUGUUCUUUCUGGUCGCGGCGACAGUGCUGACUACUGUGCUGUAUCUCGGGGACUGGUCGCAAAGGAGAGAUAAUUGGAGCAUAGGAGGCCCAGGUGCAGUUGCGGAGGAAGCCAUUCACCUUCCAGAUGACUCGGAAUGCGUUCAUCUCCCUGGAGCCGAGGAGGUGUUCGUCACGCUCAGGACCGGAGCAACCGAAGCAUAUGAGAAGCUGCCAAUCCACUUGAUGACAACUUUACAGUGCAUCCCGAACUACAUCGUGAUGUCGGAUGUAGAGACAAAGGUCGCGCACACUCCGGUUUACGACGCUCUCACGCGCGUCACCGCCGAAUCCCAAGAUCAGUUCGAAGACUUCGACCUUUACAGAGACAUCCAGAGAUGGACCCAAGAAGGCCAAGACGUUCGAAAAUUCUCUUCGGAUGCGGCGUGGAAUCUCGAUAAAUGGAAGUUCAUGCCGAUGGUGCACCACGCAUUCGAAAGUGCUCCGGAGCGCACACAAUGGUUCGUUUUCAUUGAAGCGGAUACCAGCUUGUCUUGGGUGAAUCUGCUUCACUGGCUCCAGGGGCAGGACCCUCGCGAAGCCUUGUACUUUGGCGCCCCAGCACCGUAUAUUCCGGUUAAAGACUUCUAUUUCGCGCACGGGGGAAGCGGGGUGGUGAUUUCUCGCCCAGCGCUCGAGCGGCUGGAGCAUGCUCGAGCGCGUGAAGAGGGCGGAUCAAAGGCAUAUGACCGACGAUGGGAGAAGGCGACGCAGGAGACGUGUUGUGGUGAUGUGAUCGUUGGGCAGGCCCUGGAAGAAGUCGGAGUGAAGGUGACCAGCACGCGACCGAUGUUCCAUGGCGAGAACCCCAGGACCAUGGUGUGGGAUCAGGAGAACUGGUGCGUGCCGGCGAUCACGUGGCAUCAUGUGAAUGCCAUGGAAGUGGACCGGCUGUGGCGAUUCGAAAGGGACUGGAUCAAAGAGAAGGGCGGCGCACAGCCGUACUUCUUCCACGACAUCUUCCAAGCGUUGGUGGAGCCGUUUGUCGCGGCGGACAAGAGGUGGUGGAACAACAUGUCGCCGAAGUCGAGCGGCACAGGCUAUGAUGCCCACAGUCCGCACUUUGACCAACUGGAGCCAUCGGAGCAAGAGGCCGCGCGUUCCAAAGAAGGCUGCGCGGCUCUGUGCAAGCGCCGGGCGAGGGAGGAAUGCGUGCAAUGGAAGUGGAUGGAAGGGAAGUGCCACCUCAGCCCGACGUUCGUGUUCGGAAGCCCUGAUGAGCUGGAAAAUGAGCAUUGGGAGAGUGGUUGGCUGCUUGAUCGCUUCCGGUCGGAAUUGAAGUCAUGCAGGUAG